UUUCACGGAUUCGCUUAUCCUGAUUAUUAUUGUGUUGGUUGCUCUUUUAGGUUCUUUGGAGAAUUUGCUGCAGUGUCUUGAUCAAGUCGAGGAGGAACGCAUUAGAAAGGCUCUCAUGCAGGAUUCUGAGCAGGCUAUAUUAUGCAAGAAUUUGGCCACAUUAAGAUCUGAUCUUCCUUCUUAUAUGGUUCCUUUUAAAGUGCCAGAUUUUGUAUUUCGGAAACCGGAGGAUAACGGAGAAAAAUUAAUAAGUCUUCUGCGAGCAAUUGGAGCAUAUGCAGAAGGUUCCUCUGCAGAUUCCAUUAUAAGAAGAGUUACUUAUUUAUGGAACAAGCUCAAGUUAUGAAGAAUUUGAAGGCUGAAUCUUCUCAAGGCUAAGAAAAUAAGAAGAUGAAAUUUGGCAAUGAGCUCUUCUGACAGGUUUCUGGAGAUUUAUGCUUAUUUCUUUUCUUCUAAUUAAUUUUCUUCUAACUUAGAAGUGGCUCAUAUUCCCCAAUCCAAGUUUCUUCGUAGCAGUUCCAGGAAGUAUUUUCCCCCUGUUUCUCAUAGCAAGAUGGAAUCUUGCUAUUAUUUUUGUCAAUAAAAUAGAUUGAGAAGUUGUAGGGAAGGCAUUUAUAAAAGCCGUUGCUAGUAAAAUAGUUUGGUUGAUUUAGAUUUAUAAAAAGAAAAAAAAAUAAUAUUCUACCUGAUAUCAACAUUUUUAA